GUAGAAACAGAGGGAGGUCCUUACUGCUCUCCUCUGCAGCGGCUCAGACUGCUGCCUGCUCUGCUGCUGCGUCUGCGCAUAUGCGGAACAUUAAGUUGAAAGGAGCGGAGAGAGAGUUACUCAUAUCUCAAGUAUAUACAGUAAAAAGAAGUUUUCUUCCCGGCGGAAUAAAGGACACACAUUCAGACAAGCUGCUGGUUACCCUCCAGUGAUGUCUUCCCUGUGGUGGGGGCAGUGGCCCCUGCUGGCCGGAAACCUUUCUGGUAUACCGGACAACAGUAGCUGCUUCAGCUCCACACAGAACACCGUGCUCCUGGGGGACGUCUUUGGAGGAGUGCCAGUUGUGCUACUGCUCAAUUUCUGUGUCUUCCUGGUGUUGCUGAUUGUCUUCUCCAUCAUCAGGAGGAAGUUCUGGGACUAUGGGCGCCUGGCAUUAGUUGCAGACAACGACGGCAGGUUCACUGACUCAACACGCCGACGAUAUGGACACAUGUCAUCGAUAGCAUCCAGUGUGGAUGACAUUGAAUAUGAAAUGGGGUUCUGCUCUUGGCUGCCUUACAUCCUCAGAAUGGAUGAGGCAAAAAUGCAAUCCAAAUGUGGCAUGGAUGCCGUUCACUACCUGUCCUUCCAGCGUCAUCUGAUCGUUCUGCUGAUGGUCAUCACGGUCACCUCCCUCGCAAUCAUAAUGCCUGUCAACAUGACUGGAGACCUGCUGGAUAAUAAUCCACUGAGUUUUGGAAGGACAACGGUUGGGAAUCUUCAAAAGGGAAACAACCUGUUAUGGCUGCAUACAGUUUUUGCAGUUCUGUAUCUGACCCUGACGGUUGUUCUGCUACGGCGUCACACAUCACAAAUGAAAGGCAUGCGCAGUGAGACGACAAGAAACACUUUGUUUGUGUGUUCAGUCCCUAAAACAGCAACAGAAGAAGAUGUGAAGACCCAUUUCACAGAGGCGUACCCUUCCUGUCGAGUGCGUGCUGUGACCCUGGGCUACGACGUGUCCAAGCUCAUGCACCUUGAUAAGGAAAAGAUGCGAGCAGGAAAAAACCUGCGCUACUACGAGCGUGUCUGUGAGAAAACAGGAAAGCGUGAAUUGAUUCACCCCCGUGUGUGUGGUCACCUCUGUUGCUGCGCCUCUGACUCUCAGAAGGUUGAUGCCAUAGAGUACUACAGCGCUAAAGAAAAAGACCUGCUGGAGGAGGUGAGAAAGCAGACAGAGCUGGUGCCACAGCGCCCCCUGGGGAUGGCCUUCGUCACCCUGCAGACCGAGGCUAUGGCCAAGUUCAUUCUGAAAGACUUCAACGCACUCGAGUGUGGCGGCACAAGCUGCUGUUGUGGGAGGAUGCCGCAACCUUCAUCCGACAGUCGAACUCUGAAAGUGAACAAGUGGAGCGUCAGCUUUGCACCCCAUCCAAAAAAUGUGUACUGGGAAAAUCUCUCAGUGCGGGGCUUUCCCUGGUACAUGCGCUAUUUGAUGCUCAACGCCUUCCUUUUCUUCCUGCUCACCUUCCUCACGACUCCCACCAUCAUUAUCAACACCAUCGACAAGUUCAACGUGACUAAGCCCAUCUACUAUCUCAAUAGUCCUAUCAUCAGCCAGUUCUUCCCCACUCUCCUGCUGUGGUCGUUCUCUGCCUUGCUGCCGACCAUAGUUUACUAUUCUACAAUAGGAGAGGCACACUGGAGCAGGUCCAGUGAGCAGCUGAGCAUGCUGCGUAAGCUGUACUUCUUCCUGCUCUUCAUGGUGCUAAUCCUCCCCUCACUGGGUCUCACCAGUCUUGCAGUGUUUUUCCGCUGGCUGUUUGACAAAGAGUUUCUCCAAGGUGGGAAACUGAGAUUUGAGUGUGUGUUCUUACCGGACCAAGGGGCGUUUUUUGUCAACUACGUGAUCACAGCGGCGCUGGUGGGCUCUGGGAUGGAGUUGCUGCGGCUGCCAGGGUUACUGCUUUACACCGUUCGGCUGGCAUGUGCACGAUCUGCAGCUGAAAGGAAAUAUGUCAAACAGAACCAGGCCUAUGAGUUUGAAUAUGGAGCCAUGUACGGCUGGUCCCUAUGUGUGUUCACUGUCAUUAUGGCCUACAGCAUCAUAUGUCCUAUUAUUGUGCCUUUUGGUCUCCUGUACAUGAUGCUGAAGCACCUGGUGGACAAACACAACCUGUACUUUGCUUACCUGCCUGCUCGCCUAGACCGCCAGGUCCACCUGGGAGCUGUCAAUCAAGCUCUGGCCGCGCCCAUCAUCUGCCUCAUAUGGCUUUACUUCUUCUCCGUCCUCAGAGCAGGUUUCAUGACGGCCACAUCUCUUUUCACACUGGUGGUCUUGUGCAUCACCGUCUUUAUCUGCGUCAGCUACACCUGCUUUGGCCACUUCAAGUACCUCAGUCCACACAACUACACGGUGAAAGAAGAAGAUGAGGACAAAGUAGAGGGAGUGGAAGAAAACACCAUGGUCUACCUUCCCAGAGUGCUUAAUCCCAAAUCACCUGCCAGCGCACAAGACGGUUCUAAACUUCAGCAGUCUUACGGCUCCACAGAAGGCAGCCCAACACACACCUCCAGCCCAGUGACUGACAGCAUGUCGGAUGGUUGAAUCUUUGGAGUCCCACGAUCGUAAAUCUGCAUCUUUCACAAUCAUUUCGGCAUUGAAGUUUGAAUUUACCUCCAGCCAACUGCUCAGUCAGCCCACUCCCACUGAGAGAAAAUCUCCAGAUGUUAUUCAAGUAUUCAUGAGAUUUAUUGCCAUUUGCACAGGUUCAGUACAGUACAUAGAAAUUCUUGUGCAUAUUUCUCAGAGAAUAUAUUGCAGUUUGUCCCAAAGACCAGCACUGUGACGCCAAACAACGGUCCAACAUUUUUACCUUCUGCUUUUUAGAAAGAUACGAGUAAAGUACCAGUGUGGGACCGAGUGUUGAAUAACUUUCUACAGAAAAGAAUGUAGGGCUGGUCAGUAUAUCAAUAUUAUGUCAAUAUCAUGAUAUGAGACUAGAUAUUAUCUUAGAUGUUUUAUAUUUUUCCUGGCUUCAAAGGCUGCAUUACAGUAAAGUGAUGUCAUUUUCUGAAUUUACCAGAUUGUUCAAGCAUUUAUAUAAUUUGUCUUUAUCAUUAUAUCCACAUUACUGGUGAUUAUUUAUCAAAAAUCUCAUUGUGUAAAUAUUUUUUUUGAAAUUCAAACCUACAAUCUCACCACAAUAUCAAUAUCCAGACAUUCUGUAAAAACAAAUGUAAUGUGAUAUUUGAUUUUAGCCAUAUUGCUCAGCCCUAAAAGAAGGUAAAUAUGAUUUUUUUAAAUAAUAUUAUUAUCACUUUAUCAGCUCACUCUAUUUGAAUCUCAUCCGUCAUAAAUCACAUUUACUUUCUGUAUAAGACCUCUCUGAGAAAAUCCCCAAGGAAUGUUUAGCCAUAAUGUUUGUGAAAAACACUGGAAUUCAUUACUUGCACAUUCUGAAGCGAAUUAUGUAAGAAUUACCAGGAGAAGCCAGCAACACUGAAGCAAAGCAGUGGACAAGUAGAGCUUUCUGGUUGUUACUUUUUAUCCAGAUAUUGGUCACAGUGCCUUUUUUGAUGCCAGAGGACAACACCUGCCAAGGGAAUAACUUAUUGCCUAUUGUUCGACAUGCACUUUUUGUAUCAAGAGAGGCCUGUUUUGUGUUUACUAACUUGACCCUAAUGUUGGCUUUUGUAAUUGAACAAGAGAACAAGCAUUUUUAUCAGUAUUGCUUGGGUUUUGCAACCAAAACUGUUUGAUUAAUUGAAGUAUGACAAUGGUUUUCUUUUUAUUAUGUCUUAACAAUAAUGUUACUGCAUUAAUGAAUGAAUGUUUUAAUAGGUCAUGGUUAUUUUGUAUUUUGUGUAAUUUGAAGUUUUGUUUUUGCUGUAUUUUUUCAAAUGUGCUUUUUAACACAGAGCUAAAUCCCAAAGGCAAACUUGUAACGGUUUGGUGGUGAGGGUAGUAACAUUUCUUCAGAUUGCAUAUAUAAAGGAUAGUUUUUAAGUUAUUUUGAAUUGGAGUUGUAUGAGGUACUUGUCCAUAGUCAGUGUAUUACCUAUAGUAGAUGGCAGUUUGGAGAAGCAGGCGAGAGUGUACUGCUGUGAAUGGGUGCAGCAGGAAAAUGUAUUAUAUUUAGUAUAUUUUGACCACUUUACCCCUCAGCCCUUUCCUACGGGGGACUUGAGCUUUCUUUAAAACCACCACCAGACUCCUUUGACAAAAAUGGUAAUUUUACCCUGCAGAAGACAGAAGUUGCUGGUCUACCGAUAUCAGCCAUUUGGGUAGUUUGUGUUAUUGUGUGACUUGGUGUUCCAAAGAGUAAGUCUGGAUUCUCCAAAGUCAUACAAUAACACACACAAAAAACAAUUGAGGCAGCAGGUGCAUGGUUAAAUUAACUUUUUUUUCUCAAAGGAGUCUUGUGGCUCUGAAGACAGCAUAUAGAUGGAUAUAAUAAUUUGUGUUCGCCAUCAGAAAUUUGAUGACAGGAAAAUGAUGAAAAUAUUGUAAAUAAAGCAUUAAACUAAACUGAUAAUGACUGCUUAUUAGGUAGUACACUGACUAUGGAUAAAUACCUCACUUAAAAAAAUACAAACUAUACCUUGAAGAGGAACUCAGCUUUGUAAAUGGUGAUUUAAAUGUCAAUAAUAAACAAUCAUUCAUACAAUUUUAAAAUACAGACUACAGGA